AUGGUUGCCAUCCACGCCUUGACCCUGUUCGGGCUGCUUCCAGCUCUCGCACUCAGUGCCCACAUUCCCCAUGACUCUCGUCACGUCAAGGUCUCCGUCGCUCCCCGUAAUGGUGCCAUUGCCGACGGUGCCAACGCUGGUCACCGCUCUGUCUCGCGCGCCAUCAAGAAGCGCAGCUGCAAAGCGAAGACCGCCUCCGCUUCCGCUGCCACUUCGGCUGCGAGCGACGACACCUGGUCGGCUUCAGCUACCGAGGCCGCGGCCUCUGUUACUGAGACAGCUAGCUGGAGCCAGACUACAUCGACGGACGAUGCUUCCACGACUGAGGCUACUGUUUCUGACGACGCCAACGAAGCGUCGAUCACGAACGAGUCGAGUGCCGACUCUUGGUCGUCGUCAUCGUCGGAUGAAGCUACUGCCACUUGGUCCUCUGAGUCUUCCAGCGCCACCCUCGCCGUUUCGAACGCCUACAGCAGCAGCGGUUCGUCGGGUAGCCUUCUUUCCGUCACUGACGCGACCUGUGGUUGGUGCGAGUCAUCCGACUCGGCUCCCAACGGUUCGGAAGACUGGCUCAACUGUGGUAUCACUGGAAGCGGUUGGACCCCUCCCAUGGUGACCAUUGACCAACUCGUCUCUGUCGCGCUCACAAGCUCCGGUCCUUUUGCCGCUUGCGCCGACUACUUUGACAAGUUUGACACCUAUGGAUCGCAGUAUGGCCUCCCUCCUAUCCUACUUGCAUCCAUCGCCCUCCAGGAGUCGAGCUGUGACCCUUCUGUUACCGGUGGUAACGGCGAGGCUGGUCUCAUGCAGCUUGCCAGCGGCAACUGUGCCGACGCACCUGACGGCAACUGCUACGAUGUCGACUACAACAUUGAAGGUGGUGCCAAGUACUUUGCCCAGGUGCUCUCUGACAACAGCGGUAACGCUCUGGCAGCCCUCGGCUCGUACAACGGGUGGUUCGUUGGCAUGACCGUUGCCGACGCCACGGCCGCCAAGGCUGCCGGCGACUGCCACGCUCAGAACAACCUCGACUACCUCACUCAGACCUUCAACGGCUGGAUGCAGGGCAUCGAGGGCUACAACCUCGGCUCCUACCGCAACCUCGACGGCUGUUAG